AUGCGUUUGUGUUGGUGGCAUUUGGUGGUUUUGUGCGCGUGUGCUUUGGUGCUGCGCAGUGACGCUCUGCCACCGGCUGCCCUCGGCGACGUAGUCAUCAAUACUGCAAACAGCCUCAAUUCUAUGAAGAUAACGGGCGCUUGGAGGCGUCUAUCCAGCACGGUGAGCGAGUCGGUUGGCCUGAAACAUGCUUUAAGAAGGCUGCAGGCGGUACCAGCCCGCGCCGCCCGUUUAGUGCACGCUCUCGUGGAUCGUAUGAGGGUUGGUGGUGGCCCAGUGGUCACCACGCGCCUCGGUGCGUUACGUGGACGGCGGCUGGUCACGCGAACCACGUCACAAACUCCUUACUACAGCUUUAAGGGUAUAAGGUACGCGCAAUCACCGCGUGGUCGCCUGAGGUUCCGGCCACCGGCGCCCCUUGAGCCGUGGUCGGGCAUCCGUGACGCCCUCGAGGAAGGAGCGGUGUGCCCCCACCGUUUCAUGCUCUUCGACACCUACAAAGGCGAUGAGGACUGCCUCUUCCUCAAUGUCUACACCCCCGCUCUACCUGAACAGCUCACUGGAUAUAAUCCAAAACUUGCGGUAAUGGUUUGGAUUCAUGGUGGAGCGUUUGCAGUUGGUUCGGGGAACGCGUUCCUCUACGGUCCCGACCACCUUGUUCAUGCCGGGGUUGUACUCGUCACUCUCAACUAUAGACUUGGCGCAUUGGGAUUCUUGAGUCUAGAAAACGACGAGGUACCCGGAAAUAUGGGGCUAAAGGAUCAAGUUAUGGCAUUGAAGUGGGUUCGAGACAAUAUCGAGUUCUUCGGUGGAGAUCCAAAUCGCGUCACGAUCUUCGGAGAGUCGGCUGGCGCAGUCUCCGUUCAUUUGCACAUGUUAUCCCCGGCAUCUCAGGGCCUGUUCCAUCGAGCGAUAGCCCAGAGCGGAUCAGCACUGUCUCCAUGGGCGCUGGCUAAGGAGCCACGGGACAAGGCCUUCGAACUUGGUCGCGAGCUAGGCAUCGACACAAACAGCACUGCAGAAUUGCUUGGAUACUUACGCGCAACUCCAAGCGAGCUGUUGGUGAAAGCCGGGGCUCGUAUCUCCGGAGCCCCUGGAAAGACUGCCGAUUUACAGAGUACGGUGGCACUGCCGUUCCUGCCUGUCCUGGAACCCGAAGCAUCUGACGCCUUCCUCACAAUCAGCCCCAGAGAGUUAUUGCCGGGGGCUGACGUGCCAUUGCUUACGGGAUAUAAUGCCGAGGAAGGAAUAAUUCUCUUCCGACGCCUGCAACGGUACCCAAAGCUCCUCAGCGAGCUGGAACAUGAGUUCAGACGAGUGGUGCCCCCUGAGCUGCUCUCGAAUGACGAGCAAAGGACUAACAAGGUGGCCGAGCACAUCAAGGCCUUCUAUUUUCAGCAACGUCCUGUAGACGCGCGAAAUAUCAACAGUCUUAUUGACCUCUUCACGGACGUCAUGUUUUUACGGCCUUUGAUGCAAACCAUCCGUCUGCAAGCGGCUACGAACAGAACGAGUCCAACUUAUCUGUACCGGUUCGCAUUCGACGGUGCCCUGGGCUUAUUCAAGCGCAUGUUGGGCAUCUCGCAUCCAGGCGCCUCUCAUGGCGACGAGAUGGGAUACCUUUUCUACUUCUCCAGACUGAAUUACAGAUUGGACGAUGGGUCGCCAGAACUGGCCGUUUCCAGGAAAAUGGUUCAAUUAUGGACUAACUUCGCGAAGACUGGAAACCCAACACCGCCAAGCGACGAUUCAAUUCUGGACUUCAAAUGGCAAGCAGUUAAUAACACAGAGCACAUGAAUUAUCUUGACAUAAACGGCAAUUUCACAAUGCUUACAGAUCCCGAAGCUAAAAGAGUACAGUUUUGGGAUUGGCUUUACGAUAAUUACGCUAAAGAAGAACAA